GUGUGGUUAGCGUGCUUUAAAGCUUGUGUCUUAGAAAAAGGGUCAGUGAAAUAAAUUUGAGUUUGAUGCUGUUGAGCAGGAUUGUAUCUGUAUCAAGAAGAAGAACACACUGCUGAAGAUGAAGACUUACUUUGUCCUUUUACAUGUUUUUGUUUUCCUUCUCAUGUUUGAUUAUGGGAUGUUCUCCACAUCAUCAUCAUCACCGUCCUCACAGGAGUCCCCAACAGCAAGCAACAAUAUUUCCACUAACAUCACCAUGACAACAGCAGAAUCAAUAACUGAAACUGAGCCCAAUGGGGCAAACAACAUGACCCGUGAUAACACAACCUCAUCUGACUCUGGUGAUGAGGACGAUAACUACAAUACAACAUCUGUAACAAAUACACAGCCAAACAUUUCCUUGCCAAUACAUCCACCAGGGGUGACAAAUCCCAGUCUGGAGACCAGCAAAGACAAUUCAGGACAUUUUACAGGAGGUGUCAUCAUUCUGAUCUUCAUCCUGAUCCUUAUCAUUCUUCUUCUUGGCAUUUUGUAUGUCCUGAGGAGGAAGGGAAGGAGUUAUUCGUUUGACUUGACUCGCACCGACGCCUGUGCCAAUGAAUACGAUACACCGCUCCGAGAGCAACAAGUGAUAAGCUAUGAACCUAAAGACAAAGAUUUGCCUGUGUGUCUGGACUAUAUGCAGGAUGAUAAAUGCCAGGAAAAGACCAGCCCGAUACUCAACGGUUGUGCCAAUGAGAGAACUGAACAAAGAGCUGCGCUGGAGAGCGCAGAUCCGAAUCUUCCAGAAGAGAACAGCUUCGCCUCAAGCCCCAGUCUGACUCCACCCAUAAGGAAAGUCGAGUUCAGCCUGGAUCUGGAUAUGAUCAGCGGAGAGUUUGAGCUGAACAGUCCGACUUCCGCUGACGCUUGUGACGCAUCUCUAAAUGAAAACAACAACAACAUCUUUCAUGCUGGACGGGGACCGGCCGAAGAGAUCUUUACUGAAAUCAGUCUGGAUGAGCCAAAAGAACAAGUGUAGCGUUGCCUUAUCCAGCUCGUCGUUUGCCUGAUCCGCAGUUGCUUUAGAUUAAAGCUUCUGCUAGUUGAAGAAAUGUAAAAGACUUGACAUUUACGCGCACACCACGUGUCAACGGGCAUCCAUAUAUCAAUAUAAAUGAAAGAUGUAGUGUGUAAUAUUUUCGUGUUAAAUUACAUUAGCCACAAUUACAUAUGCAGAGAUGACGAUUGUAGAUUGAUUGGACUGUAUUUGUUGGCCCAAGAACACACAUCUGCUUUAAUUAAGUAUGAAGAUUGUAUAUUGUACAUAACUUAAUGGAUAUACAGUACAUGGUAUUUGAUUAAUGUUCUUAAAAAAACAUUUGUUAGUAUAAAAUAUGUUGCAAUUAAACAUGACUUGAAUAUGAAGCGUGAUGUUCUGUGUGGU